AUGCACGAUGGCCCCAUUGAUGAUUGGCGUGUCCUCGAUCCCGUCAACUUCGGCUAUGAGAAGUUGACGAAAACAUUCUACGAAGAAAACGGUUCGCAGAACAAAGCAUCGAUAUCCCCAUAUACACGAGAGUUAGAUCUCAUAGGCCCCAAGGAUGGUUUCUAUGGAUGCUUUCGUCGUCGUUUGAACACCAGCUCGGGUCUACAGAAAAGUGAUCUUUUGGCGUGCCAUGCCCAGAUGAUGGGAGAUGUUUCUCGUGCUACAAACGACAUCCUUCAAGAACUUCAGAUUGAUAGACUGCGUCACUUUGGAUGGCACAUGGGUUAUUGUGUUCCAGCUUCAGUUCUCGGACAAUCAGGCUAUAUUCCCCAUUUCCAGCCAAAUCUCAGGUCUCUUUCUCUGAAAGUGGACAGCGCAUGUGUCGGAGGCUCGCUAGCCGGGCUCGCUAGUCUCAAAAAUCUCCGUCACUUUUCGUGGCGUGGAAUUGAUUCUGUACGUGCCUUUUCGCUAAUUCGGCUCGUCCUUAAGAACAACGCUGAACAUCUUGUCUCCCUUGAAUUGGAAGUGCUACGCGUUGAGCAAACGCAGGAAAAUAUCCAACUCCAUGAACAUGACUUGAUUUGGCUUGGAUUAUUGGUCCCCAAUCAUAAUCAUUUCCCUAAUAGUGAUAUGGGCGUAUGGCUUGAUAAAGAUGUACGGCUCAAAUCGCUCACUUAUUUAUCCCUGCGUCAUGUUCGGCUUCUUACUUGGCAACCCCAGGACACACUGACCUUUGAUCUGUCCAAAUUGGAAAACUUGCAUCUGUAUAAAUGUCCUGGAACUCUCGAUUUCUUUCAGACGUGGACCAUUUCCGACUGCGGCAUGUCACUACGAUCUCUUCGGGCAGUCAUUAACGAACCAAUGGCAGGACGUAUACACUUCACUUUGGAGCAUUUGCUUAUCGUACACGGGUGCCAAUUAGAAGAACUUUACUUGACUUUCAUAGACAUGACUGACCCUAUUAUGAGCUCUAACGCGUGGGACAAAACCAGUGUGAAACGAAUGGCUUGCAGCUUCUACGAAACGAGACUCUCCCGAGCAAACGAUGUGCCUCCUCCGUUUUGUAUCAUCCGAGGCAUGACGGGAGGAGCACUUCCAUCCCUGGAAGGGAUGGCCUUUUGGUGUCCUCCCCAUAUUCUGAGGCGGAUGCUACUUGAAAUACGCGUGGCCCUUCCUUCCCUCAAAGUUAUGCAUUUCAGAGUAACAAAUAAAGCCAAAAACACCAACAAGAGCCUUUGGGAGGAACCUAUUACAGGAGGCAAGUCAGAAGAUAUUGCCAACAUGAUCCGAUUCUUGGAUCGCUACCUAGUGCUAGGGGACGAAGCCUGUCGGCUAUCAGAAGUAAUUGAUUUUGCCAGCUGGGCCUUUGAAAAUCCGACAUUUCCCAAUUUAGAGAUCAUAGCUUUUGGGAAUUUCUCGAACCCUGACACAUGCCUCGUUCUUUGUCGAAAGAAAGGGUUUCCUCGAUUCAAAGAACGUACAGAAAUAUUUAAUAACAUAGCAGAAUAUUGGAAGAAGUCCGUCCAAACUCGUGAUUUCAGUUUCUCACUACCUUUUGACUUUGUGCAUCCCGAGGACCUACGCCCCUGGACUGGUCUAGAGAAAUGCCGUGACAUGCUGACGGCGAACAACGCUGAUAAGCCAUGGUAUGAAAAGCCAGGCCAGAGCUGA